AUGCCAGGGUCAUAUACCGCAGAAGGUAGCCAGGGCAAGGAACAGACUGGCUCCAAGUCGAAAUCAGCGUCCAGUCGUCAUAGAACACCCCGACCGAGGGAACAGAAGACAGUAAGGAAGCUCUUACGGCAGAGCAAAAUACCGUCGGAUCUUAGCCAGAGAACGGAAGGAAAUUUGGAGAAUAUACUGCAGAAUGUAGUUGAAAAGCUACCCAACCAUACUGCUGCUCUAGAUGUUGUUACGGAGCUUGUACGGAGGAGGCAUGUUCGCCCGCAGACUCGGCAUUAUCGUGCGAUGAUACUUGCGAAUACUCAAUGUAUUCGAGGCUCAGCUAAGCAAGUAGAGGCACUGUUAAAUGACAUGAAGGAGAAUGGAGUAGUGGUGGACUCAGGAACUUUGCAUGCUGCAUUAAAGGCCCUGGCUGUACACCCCGAUUAUCUGCUUCGUUCCGAAAUCAUACGGAAACUCCGAGAGCGAUGGAUAUCACUUAGUCCGACAGGUUGGCAUAAUAUAGUGACGGGAUAUAUUCGAGAAGGACAAUUUGAAAUGGCACUGGAGACUCUGGAGCACAUGAAGUUGCAGCAUGUGCCUGUCCAAGGCUGGCUUCACUCACUCCUCCUCUACAACCUUGCGGAAUAUGGAGAGUUCGAGGAAGUACUGCACUUGUUGCGAUCUAGAGUUGAAGCUGGCCUGACACUAUCGCCAAAUCUAUGGCACCGUUUACUGGACAUCUCAAGUGCUGCGAUGCAUCCUGAAUUGACCCAGUUUAUCUGGGAACAACAGGUCGAGCUAGGCCAUUUGAAUCCACCAUACGGUAUCUGUGACAAUGUGCUUGCUAUCAGCGCUCGAACAGGCAACGCCAGACUGGCGGCGUCAGUGUUUAAGGUGUUAGGAAACCGCAAUGGUGUACUAACCUUGAAUGAUUAUGAAUCACUUGUUGAUACGUACGUUGAGUCUGGUGACGUCGAAUCAGCGAUUCGUAUCCUCUGCAGCAUGGACAGCAGCAGUAUCGGAGUCAAAACCGGCUCUACUAGAUCACUCCUAUCCCAUCUCAUUAUGGCCGGGUCAAAGCCGACGGAUGUUUGGGAUACGUUCAAGCGGAUGAAAAAAGAGGAAGAUCUAGUUUUCCCUCUGCCCCUUCUAAAUGUUGCGCUGGAACUCUGUGCUCAUCUAGGUGAUGCGAAGACCGCAUGGGACUUAUACCGGGAACUUCAUACCCUCUGCUCCUCUAGUGUGGAGACAUCAACCUUCAACAUCCUGUUCAAGGCAUGCCGCGGGUCCAACGAUGCUGAUCUGGCCGGCUACUUUGUGCAAGAGAUGAUACAGAUGAAGAUACUUCCCGACCGCAAAACCUACGAGAAUCUAGUCCUGCUUUGUGUUGAGAUCUCUCGUUUCGAAACGGCAUAUAAAUAUCUCGUUGAAAUGAGUGGCUCCGGAUUCGAGUUGUCAAGACAAGCAAAGGAAGAUAUUCGCGCUAAGUGUGACGGACAGGAAGAUCCACAUGCCUCCAAGAUUAUCCAUGACUCCGCUGUCCGCAAGCCGGCUUCUCGAGGCAUCAUAAGGCCCCAUCGUGUACGGCGCUCGUUUACUAUCCCGGCCAGGGGUAAAGGAGUGGAGCCAGAGGAGGUGAAAAGAAUAGACGCAACGGGUCAGUACGAGCAUGGGGACUAG